AUGUGGAAAUUAUACACGAUAUUAUUUGUAGUAACUGUGUUUGCCGUGGGUUUAGUGUGCCAGUAUAUCUACACUGUACAGACAGUACCGAUAACAACAAUCACAAAAGUUAGUAACCACUCCAAUGUCAGUGCGAACUUCUCUUCUGAAGAAUCGCAUAACACCAGUUCUCAGCACAACGUUCGGUAUCCAGUCAGAACAUGCAAGACAGCUUGGACUUACAUAGACUUCAGUGGUGCCUUAACAACCAAAGAGUCGGCACGUGUAAAAACAUGCAUUGCGAAUAAAGAUCAGGAACUUUUGGAGUCAAGAAAAAAAGCAAAAUCCCAGACGUCUAUCAGAUGGUCAACCCAUUCGUACCUAAACCGCAGCAGCUUUUUGAUAGAGGCAGGGGGACACAGAGGACUUGAUGCGGAGCAAUUCAACUCGCGGUACCAUCCUGGUACUUACGUUGUCCUAGAACCAGUAUUAAACUUCUAUAAGGUGUUGAAGAACAAGUUUCGAGACUCUCCUAACAUGGUAAUUUACAACUAUGGAAUUGACACGGUCGAUGGUAAGUUUUACGUCAACGAAGCUAAAAACGACGGUUCCUCUAUAUUUCUACAACAUCAAAACAAAACCAAGAAUGGAAAGGCAAUAAAGAUUAUGAACGUCAGGAGUUUUUUUGAGAAAUUCUCGGUGCGAAGUCGUGACGUGGACUUAAUCACUCUAAACUGUGAGGGAUGUGAGUUCGCAGUUCUCGACCUUCUUCUCUCUACAGACUACAUACGUCACUUCCGGAAUAUCCAGUUCCAACCUCAUAUGUUACCGAGCAUAUGUUAUCCCGUCAAAAGAUACUGUUGGUAUCAGGAACUUCUGCAAAAAACUCAUAAUAUAACGUUCCAGUUCUUUUUUUUAUGGGAAAGUUGGAGCCGAAUGUAG